CUGUUGGUGUGCCAGCGGUUGAAAUCUGAAACCAGCGUGAGGGAGGAUGUGAAACAAGACGAAAAAAUACGAGAAACAAAACUCAGACAAACUGACAGUCAGAGAAACCGUCUCUGCACUUUUAUGUCUCUGAAUCAAACUGUCCUCUUCAGCGUCUGGUUUUCAGAUUAUUGCCUGCAGACUGAUGAUAAUGAUGGUGAUAGAGAGGUCCGGUCCUCCUCCUCCUCCUCCCCCCCCCGACCUCGGACCACAGUGAAGAGGAAGCUGUGGUGAGUCCUGCUGAGUGUUUCUUCAGUCACACUCUGUCAGCGCAGACAGUCGCCUCCAUCUGAGCUGCUGUAGAGUCAACACCGAGGAGGAACCGAUCUUAUCCUAACUCUUCAUCAGCUGCUCCUCCAUCAGCUGCUCCUCCAUCAGCUGCUCCUCCAUCAGCUGCUCCUCCAUCACCUGCUCCUCCAUCAGCUGCUCCUCCUUCAUGGCUCCAUCAGUCCUCCUCCUCCUCCUCCUCGGCCUGCUGAGGUCCGCCGGCUCGCUGCCUCCUCCAAGGACCUCCUUCCUCCUCAACUCUGCAGACAGACCUCUGGUCCUCUUCAGCCUCCCCGACCUCCACAACACAACCACGCUGCUGCUGAGCGACGACGAAUCCACCCUGUACGUGGGAGCACGAGACGCCAUCUUCUCAUUGGACGUCAGUCAGAGUGAUGUCAUCAGUCUGAAGAAGAAGGUGGCGUGGAGCCCGUCCGAGAAAGAAAUAAACGGCUGUCAAAAUAAAGGGAAGAGCGCCACGGCCGAUUGUCCAAACUUUGUCCGUGUCCUGCAGCCGAUAAACUCCACCCAUCUCUACGCCUGUGGCAGCUACGCCUACAGCCCCCAUGAUGCCUUCAUCGACACAGACAGCUUCACGCUGGUCCAAAACGUCGGAGCUAAAGCUAAAGAGCGCUGUCCGCACAACCCCACGCAGACGAUGACCGCCAUCGCCAUCGACGGCGAGCUGUUCACCGCCACGACGACCGACUUCAGAGGAGUCAAACCACAGAUUUCUCGACACUUCAGCAAAAAUGGCCGCCAUGACGUCAACCAGGACACGUCUGUCAAUUUACUGGAGGAGCCAACGUUUGUCAGCGCGUCUGCGGACCCGUCCGAGAGGAAACUCUACUUCUUCUUUAGUGAAGUUGGGAACGAGUUCAGCUUCAUAGACGAGCUGCGAAUCGCCCGAGUGGCCCAAGUCUGCAAGGACGAUGUUGGUGGACAGAGGACGCUGCAGAAUAAGUGGACGUCCUUUGCCAAAGCUUCUCUGCUCUGUCAGUUGCCCAAACAGCUUCCCUUUAACGUCCUGCAGGAUGUGUUCACCCUCCAGCCGCCGGCGGGCAGCAACGCCUCAGACGCUCUGUUCUACGGCGUCUUCACCUCUCAGUGGUCCUCGGGUCCAGAAUCUGCUGUGUGCAUCUUUAACUUGCAGGACAUCAGGUCGGUGUUCGCUGGGAGCUACAGGACCUUUGACACGCAGGCGCACCUGUGGAGUUCAAUGGUUGGAAGACGGUCCCACCUGGGACAGUGUGGACUGGAGAGCGCUUCAGAUCCUGAUUUAGCACAGAUAAAAAAGACUUUCCUGACCAGCAGCAGCGUGAAACCGAUCGGAGGCGGUCCGAUUCUCGUCUCCUCGGGGCAGCGAUACAGUCACGUGGCUGCGAUGAGGACACAGGCAGCCAAUGGCAAACAGUACACUGUCCUUUUCCUUCUUACAGAGUCUGGAUUCCUCCACAAAGUGGUUUUGUUGGAGCGAGGUGUGCAUUUCAUCGAGGAGAUUCAGGUCUUCGCUCAACCUCAGGUGGUCAAAAGCAUCGUCCUUUCCUCCUCCAAGGGGGUCGUGUAUGUGGGGACAUCGGAGGGCGUGAGCGCUGUACCUGUGGCCAGGUGCUCCAUCUACAGAACCUGCGCUCAGUGUGUUCUGGCCGGAGAUCCUCUGUGUGGAUGGAGCCGCACCAGUAAGGCCUGCACCAGCCUGGACCAGGAGAACAUGGCUCAAGACCUGGAGGACAGUAAUGUGGAGGAACAAUGUCAGGGACAAAGCCUGGUCACAGUUUUCCGUCCUGUAGAAGUCAACGUGAAUUUGAACGAAGCUGUGAGGCUUCAGUGUCUGAAACCUUCAAACCUCGCCACUCUGACCUGGACCUCCCGUCGAUUCAGAGAGCUGCCAGAGAAACUCUUCAUCCAGUCAGCUGACGGCAGCCUGAGCUUCCUCGCCUCCGCCAGCACCUUCGGGAGCUACACCUGCGAAGCACAGGAAGGCGGGUACAAGGAAGUGAUCCGAAGCUAUAACGUCCGGCAGGUCGCUCCUCCGCGCUCCUUUAACCCCUUACAUAAGGCCGAUGAAGAUCAUGUGACCAAAGACGAGACCUACGAGGAGAUUAUAACCGAUGGGCCGACUUCGACAAUGCAACCGUCAGGAGACACGGACGACGACCUGACGAAGCACGAAAGCUACGAAUCCGUGACUAGUUUGAAAGACAAAGAUGCCAAAAAAGGUGAUUAUGUAAACAAAAGUCCAAGCCAGGACGAUGAUUUGGGCUCCACCCCGAACCCCAAAAGAGACGCCCAGUCCUGGGAGGAGCCGAUUGACGGCGUUCCCGUUAAACAGAGUUACUAUAGCGAGCUGGUCGUUGUUUCCCUCCUGCUGGCGACCUGCAUCUGCGCCCUGAUGCUCGGAGGCCUCCACAUGUGGCGCCAAAGGAAAACUGGUCUCAAAAGUCUUCUGGUCAGUCCAGAGGACGGCAGCAAGACAAUCCAGUCCAUGGAGAGCGUUCCCUCUCUGAGCAGCCCGGAGGACGGCGGUCCUGAGCUGAAGGUGGAGUAACGACGCCGAGGCCGCGUCCAAUAAUCGUACGUUCGAACGUGAAAUCGUCUUUCUGAAGUCAGACGGAUGUUAGUUUGAGGCUUCAGUUUGUGCUUCUCAUCUGUUAGCGAUUCGCCGCGAAUCCACGGUUUCAAAUGACCUUUUUUGUCCGCCUGCCGCUGUAGCUGGCAGAUUCCAAAA